UUUCAUUCUGUCACUUUACUUUAAUUCAGACAUGUAACUCAAGAAAUUCAUUUAAUUAUCACUACAAUAUUUAAUCAAACAUGGGAAUAAUAUAGUUUAGCAUUCAAUGGAUUACAAAACUAGACCUAAAAUGUUUCCAUACUGACUUUAUAAGAAGGCAUUCUGUUUCAAAAAUGGCAUGUUGCUGCAAACCAGGUCGAUCAAAUAAAUCUUCAGCCAGUUGUUUGGGUCGAUGUGAUCUACCAAAACACAAAUGCUUAGACAGAGAGGAUAUAAAACCGGGCCCCGUACCAAAGCACAUGGGAUGGUUGUACACCGCAAAAGAUGCCCCCGAACAUCAGUUACGCUGUGGUUGGCGCCCAGGUCACAUCUCAUGUCCGGUUCUAAGAAAAAUAGAGGCUCACAACUGCGUGAAAGCAGGCGAAUGCACCCCGUGCCCGUCUGUGUGCUCCCGCCCGCCGUGCUCAAGGGUAUGUUGCGGGACCCCGAAAUGCGUAAGCGUCUGUCCCUCAACACCGUCCUGCUGCAAGCCACCGCCUUUAGGUCAAGCACUUAUAAGGAUCAUCAGGCAUGGAGGGAACUACAGUAUUUGCACCAAACCUUCCAACGUAAGCAACGCACCCUCUGGACCAUACCCACUGAAGUAUGUGCUGAACACUGACUAUGACGAAGAACCCACCCCCGCUGACGCAACCGCAAAGUACAGUGUAGAAGCAAAAUUCAAUGACUAUCAUUUUGACUAUACCAGUUCUCAAUCGUCUUUCGUAUUAGACUUUUCGCCUCCUGAACAAAGAUGUUUUAAACCUUGCCCCAAGAGAAGUAUUGUAUGUAUGCUAUGCAAGACAGAUAAUUUAAAAGGAUUUUCUAAAUGAAAAAGGUCUACCCUUAUUAUAAUAUACAUUAGAAGGUUGGAGUUGAAAUAUUAUUAAACAUGGAUAUCCUUUAUUGCCUUGUGUGGCUAAAAUAUAUAAAGCAUCGAAUGAAGCAAAUGAUCUUACACACUUUCCUAAAUAUUGCAGACUAAAUAAAUUAAUGAAAUAAC